GAGGCGCCGCCGCCGCCGCCGCCGCCGCCGGGAGAGGAGAGGCGAGGCGAGGCGAGGCGAGGCGAGCCAGGCGAGGAGGCGCGUCGACGCAGCUGGCACCGCUGGGCAGCCCGGGGGCGAGCGGGCGAGCCGGAGCGCUGGCGAGCCGGGCGCGCCGAGGACGCGGGGCGGACGCGAGAGCCCCGAAUUUCAAGGACAAGGACAAGGACCAAGGCCAGGCAAAGGGUGGAGAAGCUGAGAAGAAUUGGAUGAGCCGUUUCAGCCACACCCUGCGAUCGAGAACAUCCAGGAGAUGGCUCCCCCCGUGCCCGCAGCCUGCUGUGUGGUGUUCACAGCAAUGUUGGUAGUCUGUGCUCAGAAGCACAACCAGCAAGAGUCCCACGUUCACUAUGCGCAGUUGGGGACCAACGUGACGAUACCGUGUGGCUCGGUAGACCAGGAGACAGCUGUCACCUGGACAGCCAACAGCACUGACCUUGACCCUUCGCAUCUCAAUGGCUCCCACCUUGUCCUUCGGAACGUGGACCUCUCCCACAACGGACAGUACUCUUGCUACGAGGGGUCUUCGUGGCACCUCAAAGAUCGGGUCAACCUCAAAGUUGGAACACCUCCCCGCGAGCCCAGCUUGAUGUGCCGGUCCAACAACUACCCCAUCGGGUUCUACUGCAGUUGGCAUCUGCCCAGCCCGACUUACAUUCCCGACACCUUUAACGUCACCGUCAUACAUGACUCCCAGGAGAUCGUGUGUGAGAAGGACGCCGUGCCCAAGAACAGGUGCUACAUCCGCUACCCCCACCUCUUCUCCACCAAGAAGUACAAGGUCACCUUGACCGUCACGAACGCCCUGGGCAGCAGCUCCACCACCAUCUCCUUCGAUGAAUUUGCAAUCGUCAAACCGGACCCCCCAGAAAAUGUGGUGGCGAAACCGAUCUCCAACAAUGCCCGGAGACUGCUGGUGACCUGGCAGUACCCUUCUUCCUGGCCGGAUCCAGAGUCCUUCCCCCUCAAAUUCUUCCUGAGGUACCGGCCGCUCAUCAUCGACCAGUGGCAGCAUGUGGAGCUGUCCGAUGGGACCUCCCACAUCAUCACCGAUGCCUACGCCGGGAAAGAGUACAUCAUCCAGGUUGCCGCCAAGGACAAUGAGAUUGGCACAUGGAGCGACUGGAGCGUGGCCGUCCAUGCCACCCCCUGGACUGAAGAGCCGAAGCAUCUCACCACCGAAGCCCAGGGAGCAGAGACCACCACCACCAGCACCUCCACGUUCGAGGUACCCCCCACCACCAGGAUCUAUGACUCAGAGGAACAAAGCGGCGAUGAAGCCGUGUCGCCUUCUGCGGUCCCUGGUCUGGUCUUGGUGGCAUUCACCCUUCACUUGAUCUAACUCGGCCCGUGGCCCGUCUCGACUCGCCCGAACGUCUUGUCUUUCCCUCUGUUUUGCACAUGGUCUGAAGGACGUGUCUGUCUCUCUUCAUUGCUUCACUUCCUCGAAGGAUGAGUCCUCGGAGACCCAGCGGUCCCCAGCUCCCCCCUCCAUUCUUGCCCACCCGCCGCACCCUGCCCUCGGUGGAGCCAAGGACCCGCUCAAGGAUUCACGCCAGCGGCGGGCGGGAACGAGGAACGGUCUGCCGGAGCGCACCAGAGAGGAGCACCCCGGUGUGGGCUCUGAUCAUACAGCUAAGCCACCACGCCAAAGAUGCUUCCCUUGGCCCCCAAGGCAGGACCCCGAAGCGUGUGGAUGGGGCGGCUCAGGCGAGGGCCCCAGGGGCCACACGGAGCUGGGAGCUCUCUGCCUUUCUGAGCUGUGAGAAGAUGAACUCGUGAGUCCUCUGCCAGCAAAACAGGAAAAGGAGGGUGGGGACCCCCACGCCCCCACCCCACCCCAGAAGCCACAAGACUUCAGUGUUGCAGGGGGAGAGAGGGGCUUGUUCCUAAAGGAACGAUCAGCGACUCUUCUGCCUGCACCGACAUCAUUGCCGAAAGACGGGGGCGGCUCCUGGACCCCCCCCCCUUCUCCCUCUCUCUGUGACGGAGUCCGUUUGGUUUCUACGAAGGAGGACUUGGGUUUGUGUACUGCUCUUAUGAUGGGGGGUGGAGGGUGGGAUCUGCACCGAGGGGUUCCGUAACCAAGCUGAAACGCCCUCCUGGCCCCCCAUCUCCCCCUGCUCCCCAGCCCCUGUUUUGUAACGCUCCCCGUCUCUCCUGCCCCAGUCGGAGUGCAGCAUUUACAACCGUCUGCCCUCGUUCCCCAGUUGAUAAUAUGCUGUAUUUGAACUUUUUAUAGAUGUACAUAAAAAUUUUAAGAUUCACGUGCACACAAACACACACCCACACAGGGAGGGGAGGGGAGGGGAGUCCAGCAGAGAAGAUGCUCAUUAAAUGUGACCAUUUCAUUA